AUGACCUUGUUAGCUAGAAGUCUGCCGCGGGCUCGUUCUCUUGCUGGUUUAGAUCGGGAAUAUGAGCUGUGGUGGAUGGGCGCUCGACGAUCGAUACGGAAUUCACUUCUUCCAUUGUGCCUGGAGCCUCGCCAACAGCCGGUCAACGGCUCGCAUUUAUUACAGGCCGAGAUGCAUGAUGAUGAUGAUGAUGAAUAUGAUGAUGAUCAUGAUAAUGAUGAUGAUGUAUACGAUGAUGAUGAUGAUGAUGAUGAUGAUGAUGAUGAUGAUGUUGAUGAUGGUGAUGAUGAUGAUGAUGAUGAUGAUGAUGAUGAUGAUGAUGAUGAUGAUGAUGAUGAUGACAGCCGCAGGCAGGCAUUUUUUCUGAUCUUUCGGUAUAAUCCCUUGGCGUAA